AUGAUAUCAACCUCGCCGCAUCAUACACCUUCUCUCUCCCCAUCCAAGGUAGACGUUUUGGUUACCCGAACAGUACCACCGCCACCACACGGAUCACUCCCCCUCCCUCAGCCCCCCAUCCCAUCCAACGGAGUCAUGAUUCUACUCGCAACCCCCCCUUCUUCUUCCCACCCUUUACCCUCUUUUGCAACCUCCCACCACGAUCGUCGUAUGACUCACCCAACCCUCUUCAAUGAAAUUCUCGUCGAUCCGGCUUUUGAUUCCAUGCGUUUUACACGAGGCCAGGACUCCCUGGUUCACCGGGUAACUUACUUCACCUAGCCCUACGCCACCAAUUCUCUAUUCUAUUCUAUUCUAUUCCGCUCCGGGAUCUUCCAUGUCAUGGCUUUCUAUUCUAUUCCCCCCAGUGGAUGCAUCAACCCUGGCCCUGGGUCCUUUCCCCAUACGUUCAGGCAUCUCGUCGGGAUUUUCCCUUCAAUUGCCGUGGGACCUUUCUCUCCCCUCCGCUUCUUUCCAUCAUGACUCAUCCCUAUAUACACGCAGAAUUCCCUGGCACCACGGGAUUUCUUUCACCACACCUUCAAUCCUGACCCUGACGGGAUACACAUCCCUCGCUCUGUACUGUACUCACCGUGCGCGUGCGCAUAAAGCGGGUUACCCCCCCCCCCACCCAUCCCCAUGCGCAAAUCCUCAGCCUUCCCAUACGGAUCCCCAUCUCACCCUCGCCCGCCGUCUUUCUUACGCCCUACAGCCGCCUCCCUCCAUUAAUCACUCCGCUACCCUCCUCGGCACCUCUAAAACUUUCUUUUUUCGGGGGCCCAGACAUGGGACAUGGGACAUAGGGUAUUUGAGCGCAGAGGAGGCGGGUAUUGAACGCCCAACGGGAAAUCGCCUUUUUAUUUUAUUUUUCUUUUCUCGCAAAUUGAUAAGGAAGAACGAGUAGCAAUUUAAGCGCGUACUGAGCGUUCCCCCCCCACCCCACCCCAUGACAUUGCCCGCGAUGGCCUCCCGCAAAUUGAUAAGGACGAACGAGUAGCAAUUCAAGCGCGUAUAUGACGGGCUUUUUUAAAUCUAUUUUUCU